AUGAUUUUUAUGGAACCAUCUGGAGCUGACAUUGCUCUUAAGUUAUACAGGCCUGCAGAAUUAAAUGAUAAGGUAUCACUUGCUUGUCUACCAGAAAAGGACUAUAUUGUACCAGAUGGUACUGAAUGUUUUGUGACAGGCUGGGGAGAAACACAGGGAACGGGUGGACAGGGUUACCUGAAAGAAGCCGCUGUCCCAGUUAUUGAGAAUAAUGUCUGCAGAAGUCCAUUAUUUUUGAAUGGUCAUGUGAAGGAGCACGAGAUGUGUGCCGGAAAAAUUGAAGGUGGAACAGAUACCUGUCAGGGUGACAGCGGUGGUCCUCUAGUCUGCAAAACCCAGAACAAGUUUGUUCUUCAGGGAGUGACAUCAUGGGGUGUUGGCUGUGCAGAUGCCAUGAAACCAGGAGUCUACGUCCGUGUCUCUAAGUUUGUUGAAUGGAUAGAAAAAACAAUUAGAGGUUAAUGUUAAACGCAAACAUGCGCUCGCCUACUGACGUACUGUAUAUGAAUGAAAAGAUUUAAAAUUAUAAGUUGAAAUACUUGUUCAACUGUUUUACAUACAUUGGGGGGCAGUCGUGGCCUAAUGGUUAGAGGGUUGGACUCGUGACCAGAAAGUUGCCGGUUCGAUCCUCAGGUCAGGCGGGUAACGAUUGAGGUGUCCUUGAGCAAGGCACCUAACCCCUACUUGCUCCCCGGGCGCUGCAGCGAUAGCUGCCCACUGCUCUGGGUGUAUGUGUGUUCACCACUUGCUGUGCGUGUGUUCACUACUCUCUGGAUGGGUUAAAAGCAGAGGUAU